AUGUCGGAAGUCCACGGUGAUGCUGAGCCCGUUGCAACGGGUCCAGAGCAGAUGGAGUAUCCUUUGGCAUUGACUCCGAGACAAGUCACUUUAAGGGAUCGGGUGACAGUUGCGACGCUGAUGCCGUUCGCCUCGGCGGACGAUAUUCCUCGACCGCUACUGAAGUAUCUCUCCGACCAAUUCAACAAAGAAAUUGAAAAGGGAGACACUUAUGCCAUGACGGAGCCUAUUCCCUUGGCUCAAUUUGGACGGUAUUGGUUUUCUAACUUUGGUGUGGUCAUGUUGCUUGGUGAUAUCCAAAGUGUUGAGCAGACACAUUCUAUGGACCGGGCCGGUGCGAACUGGACUAAGAUUUGCCUGGGAGGCUUCCACAUUCGACCCAAUUACCCUGGUCGUAGUAGUCACGUUUGUAACGGCACAUUUAUUGUCACGGAUGCUGCUCGAAACAAGGGUGUAGGUCGGUUGAUGGGUGAGGCGUACCUGGAGUGGGCGCCUCGGCUAGGAUACACCUAUGCAGUAUUCAACCUGGUCUACGAGACCAAUGUCGCAUCCUGUCGUCUAUGGGAUUCAUUAGGCUUCAAGCGGAUUGGCAGAGUCCCCGGUGGAGGUCAACUCAAAUCCCAACCUGGAGAAUUCGUUGAUGCAAUCAUCUACGGUCGUGGCCUCAGCUUGGAUGGCGAGGACUCCGUAUCACAAGACCGGUUUGAAAAGAUUCGAUAUUAUUUGAAGCACUCUAAAUACCCUCGGGGAGCUGACCGAGCUGAAAAGAGCCGGCUGCGAAGCGCUGCUACCCAUUACAAACUGAUUGGUGGUGAUGAUGGCGAGCCUGAGAAAUUGAUGUUGAAGGACAAAGAGGUUGUCUCUGAUCCACAGCAGCAAUACGAGAUCGCCAAAGAGGUCCACAUGAAACAGCAUGCUGGAAUCAAUAAGACCACUGCCGCCAUUGCAGUUAAGUAUCACUGGGUACGAAUCAAGGAGACUGUGAACCGAGUGAUUCGAGACUGCCCACAAUGCAAGGAGACGCUCAAGGCGCCGCCCAUACCUGGUGCCAAAGAUGAGGAUAAGUCAGUUUCAGUUGAGGCCCCCGAAAUGGAAGAAGAAGACGACUCGAUGGAUCACGAACAAACCGAGACGCCUAGUGUCCAUACCGGUAUGACGACCGACAUAUCCCAGGCCAUGGACGAGGCCAUGGACGAGGCACCCGACGAGUCCCCCAAUCACAAUCCAUUCAUCCACCCUUCUGUCCCUGCAAAUGUCCCCGGAACAGUUCAUCCUAUGGCAAGCUUCAACCCAAUGCCUUUGGACCCCCAGAUCAUGCAGCUCCAGCAACAACUACGGAGAUACCAGCAGCAGAACGCCAUGGCCGGUGCCUUUGCACCGGGGCCACAACAUAUGAAUAUGUCCAACUUCGAUGAUGCAAUGCGCUACCAUACUGCCAGUAACGCUUACCAGAUGAUGGUGGACGAUGGCUCUGAUCCCUUCCGACAAGAGGUGCUUGGGUUGAUGAACCAUCCAUCACACCCGGAUCUACAACAUGAUGCUGAACUGCUCGCCAAGUACGAAUAUGGGAGUCCAACGGAUGGGAACUAUGACUUUACCUGA